AUGUCAUCGAACCGCUACGCAGGGGGCGUCCCCACGCGCAACGGCAACGGGUACGGAAACUUUGGCAGAGCGCCAGAUGCAUACGACUCUUAUAGCGACGGCCGGCCGAAUGACAGAAGCGACCGGUAUGGCGCGCCGCUGGGAGCAAGGGCGCCGCCGCCAGCUCUUCGCAACAUGCCCUCGCGGGCUCGCGUCCAGGAGACCAACGCCGAGAGACAGAUCGCUCAAGUGCUGGAACAUAUCAGAAGCGACUGGCCGUCCAUGUGUGACAACGACUCCAUCCCCGUUCAACUUGCGCUUCAACUGCUCGACUCGAGCUCCGUCGGCCGCGCCCACGAGUAUCGCAAGUUCCAGGAGACCCAUACGUACCUCCAGGACUCGCUGAAAAACAUUGUACACGAGCACCAUCAAGGAUUCAACAGUUCGAUUGGUACGUUUCACAAGAUUCAAGGCAGUAUUCAAGCGUCGCAGAAACGUGUGCGAGAGCUCAGGGAGUCGUUGGCAAGCUCCAAAGCCAGCCUGUGCUCCACCGAUCCAGAGCUCAAGAAGCUCUCUCAUACCUCAACAGAGUACGAUGAACUACUUCAGACAUUAAACGAGUUGGACGACUUGCGGGCUGUGCCCGAUCAACUAGAAGCUCGGAUAUCAGAAAAGAGAUUCCUGGGUGCUGUGGAGGUGUUGCAAAAUGCGUUGCGCAAGCUCAGGCGACCAGAAUUAGAUGGCAUUGGUGCAUUGAACGAUUUGAGGUCGUACCUCGCGAACCAGGAAACCGCGUUGAUGGAUAUUCUUGUAGAGGAGCUGCACGAGCACCUGUAUCUGAAGUCGCCGUAUUGUCAGGACAGAUGGCAGAGCCUUGCCAAGGCACAGGGAGCUCAUGGCGACGGUUAUGGUGAUACCAACCAUGUUCCGCCCUUUCAUUCGGUGCUGGAUUCUAUUGAUUUGGAAAAAGCGGUUACCGAGGACCCCACGAAGAACCCCGAGGCCGACACUUUCAACUAUGUUGGGUUGCUGGUUGAGUCACUGAAUAGGCUUGGUCGGUUGCAGAACGCUGUGGAAACCCUGAAGCAGCGGCUACCGGUUGAAUUGUUUGGAGUUGUGAACGAAACCAUCAAUGAAGUCGAUCAGAGACACCCAAGCUCACUCCGCGGUACUGCUGGCAAGACAGACGGGGUCUUUGUUUACAAUAGCCGCGAGACGCAGAUGCGAGCCGAUGUGAUAUACGACUUGCUGUGGACACUUUACGGCAAGUUUGAAGCCAUCGGAGAGGGCCAGCGCGCAUUCCACGAGUUCAUCAAGGCCCUUAUCCGACGCGAAGGAGCUGGGAAUAAUAGUGCCCUGCUGGGAAGCUUCAAAGAGCUUUGGAACCUAUAUCAAAAUGAGAUUCGAUCCCUCCUGCACAAUUAUGUCACCACUGAUGCAGACGUUUACCAGUUUGACUCCCCAAAUCCGGGAGCCAAUUUUAGUGGCAAGAAGGACGCCAUGAGGGAACAUUUGUUCAAGUUUGCAGAGGCGGAUGCCAAGUCUGUUGACAUGGUGACGGAAUACGAUGCGUUGGAGGGCAUCAUUCACGCCACAGUCCCGGGACUUACAAGUGGUACGCGGAAACAGGGUCUAGAUUCAAAGAAGAACCGAGUCGCUCUGGACGCCAGCCUGGCGAGACGAGAUACAGGUCAAGGGCUGGUGGGAUCCAGCAAACAGUCGACUGGUUCUUACAAGUCCCUAGUUGAGCCGAGCGUCUUCAACAUGAGCCUGUUGCUUCCCCCUACCUUGACGUUUCUUCAACGCCUCAAGACUAUUGUUCCCCCGGGCUCUGAUUUAGCCACCAGCACACUGACCACAUUCCUCGACAAUUUCCUUGUCAACGUCUUCCAGCCCCAACUCGACGAGACGCUGAGCAAGCUCAGCGACACAGUGUUUGGAGAAGCAGAUUCCUUCAUGCAAGACCAAACGUGGAAACAAGUGGCGCCGCGGCCAGUGUUCAAAGGCGCGACCCAGUUCUUCCAGAUUGUCACUGCGUUCUGCAAAAUGCUGGGCACGAUCCCUCCAGACCAAGCACUGAGCUCGCUGAUUGUCACCCAAAUGAGGCGCUACCACGACCGAUGCUUUACCUGGUACAGGUCUCUUGUGACAAAGACGCAGGACCACAGCGAAGACGCAAACAACUUGAGGGCAUCGGCACGGUUCUCCAUCCAGCCUGGGCCACUACAGGACAUUAUGAAGCAGGUAUGGGCCGCCGAGGAAUCUUCUGCGGCAGAGCUCCUGUCCAAGGAGAUUCAAGCCCUGAUUGAGCAAACCAAUGCGCCACCCCUCGAAAUGAACGACAUUAUUCAGGACAGAGACAUCAUCUCAUCACUGUGUCUCCUAUACACGAGCAUGAAAUGGCUGUCGGCCAGGAUCUCGAGCUUGCGGUACAUAACAACCCAUAACACAGAUUCUUCAAGACAAGCCCAGCCUCGACAAGCAAAGCGACGAUGGUCAUUGAUGAAUGAUCAAGGCAAGGCUGCGUCAGACCAAAAUCCCGUCCACCUGCCUCUUACCCAAGAAACAGUGCAGACGUUCGACAACAUCGUCUCCUCAUACCAAGAUCUCGCCACGACCGCCCUCCUCACUCUCCACGCCGAAGUGCGCACUCGCAUUGUUUACUCGCUCCACACUGCCCUGUCUCCUUCCAUAGCACCCUACCUCCUCGACCAAGAGGUCCGCGAGCCAGAUCCCCAGAUUCUCUCUCUCAACCUCGAGCUGGUGCUCUUCGACGACACCAUUGUCCGGUACCUCCGCGAUAAGGAAGUUGCCUUUAUCCGCACCGGCCUCGGCCUCCUCAUCAACAACUACCUCGUGUCCAACGCGAGGCUCGCCUCGCCCAUGAACGCAAUGGGCUGUGGGCGAAUGCAGCUCAACAUCUUGGUUCUUCAGCAGAACCUGAAGAACGUAGAGGAAGGUGUCGAUUUGGCAAGGGCAGCGAAUUACUUUGCCCUGUUUGACGGGGGGCCCGACGCGAUUGUGGAAAAGGCAAAGGAGGACAAGGACAAGGAGGCCGGCAGCGGCGCCGCCGCCGAGUCGUUUACCUACGACGAGCUCAAGGCGUUGAUGGAGUUGUGCUUCAGCGAGGGCAUGAGUAACAGGGAGAGGGGCAUCGCGAGCGCCGCCAAGAGGCAGCUGGAUGAUAAGCUGCUGGGGUUGAGUGAGCACAUGUGGCAGUCGUAG